CUCUAGCCCGCAGUCUUUGUGCGGGCGAAGGGCGGUUGCUAGGCUGCGCGCGUGGCCUAGUAGGCCGCAGGGGCGGCGCGGCUCGCCAGCCCGGCGGAGCGGAGCGGAGCGGAGCGAGCGGCGUCAUGGCGGCUUCCCCGCUGUCGGAGUCGCGCGGCUCGGAUGGGCCGUGCAGCUGCGUGCUGUGCUGCGGCGAGCUGGAGGUGGUGGCGCUGGGCCGCUGCGAGCACCCCAUCUGCUACCGCUGCUCCGUGCGGAUGCGGGCGCUAUGCGGGGUGCGCUACUGUGCCGUCUGCCGGGAGGAGCUCGCCCAGGUGGUCUUUGGAAGGAAGUUAACAUCCUUUUCCAUGAUAGCACUCAGCCAGUUACAGCACGAGAAGAAAUAUGACAUCUAUUUUACUGAUGGAGAAGUUUAUGCUCUCUAUAGGAAACUCUUGCAGCACGAAUGCCCAUUGUGCCCGAAGGCUGGACCUUUUGCUACCACUUUGGACUUGGAGCAGCACAUGAGGAAGCAGCACGAACUCUUCUGCUGCAAGCUCUGUGUGAAACAUCUCAAGAUCUUUACAUACGAGCGCAAGUGGUACUCGCGCAAGGACCUUGCAGGGCACAGAAUCCAUGGGGAUCCCGAUGACACCUCUCACCGUGGCCACCCUCUGUGUAAAUUUUGUGAUGAGCGUUAUUUGGAUAAUGACGAGUUACUGAAACAUCUGAGAAGAGACCACUAUUUCUGCCACUUCUGCGAUUCUGAUGGAGCACAGGAAUACUAUAGCGAUUAUGAAUACCUCAGGGAACAUUUCCGUGAGAAGCACUUCCUCUGUGAAGAAGGCCGAUGCAGCACCGAGCAGUUCACUCAUGCGUUCCGCAGCGAGAUAGACUACAAAGCGCACAAGACGGCUUGUCACAGUAAAAACCGAGCGGAGGCCCGGCAGAACCGCCAGAUUGACCUUCAGUUCAACUAUGCACCAAGGCAUCAGCGGAGAAAUGAAGGUGUUGUGAGUGGUGAAGACUAUGAGGAGGUGGAGAGGUAUCACAGACAGGUGAGAGGAGGCAGGACAGGCCUACGAGGAGGGCAGCAGAACAGGAGAGGCAGCUGGAGGUACAAGAGGGAAGAAGAAGACCGAGACAUUGCUGCAGCAGUCAGAGCAUCAAUCGCUGCCAAAAGGCAGGAAGAGAAGAAACGGGGGGAGGACAAAGAGGAGAGCAUCCGCACAAAGAAGGAAGAUGUGAAAGAUGUAGACUUGAAGCGAGGACCAAAGUCUGCAGGUGAAGCACCAGUUUCCAAGGAAGCUGUUCCAAAGACUGUUUUAACCCAAGAUGACUUUCCUGCAAUUGGCUCACCAGCAGGAGGUUCUGUGCAAAGCUUGCCCCAGCCCACAUUAGUCAAGCUGGACGAAGAGGACUUUCCAAGUCUCUCCCCUGCGCCCCCCGUGGUCACCUCUGCAAUGUCCUUGGCAUACACAGCCACGGCCAAGAAGGCAGCCUUUCAGGAGGAGGACUUCCCUGCCUUGGUAUCCAAAGUCCGCCCAAACAGUAAGAUGGUGUCGAGUCUCACCUCGGCAUGGAGCUGCGAUUCCAGUAAAAGCAAGGUCAGAGCCGUUGCGGCCAGCAGCCCUGCGGUCAGCCAGCCGGCCAGGAAAGCAGCCGCCGCCAACAGCAGCAAGGGGAGCAGAAAGUGCAAGGCCGCGCUGCCCACCGAUGAGCAGGACAGCAACGGUGGCGGGCUGACCUCCCAGGAGAUCCGUAGCGCUCCAACCAUGGUUGAUGUUUCCUCUUUGUUGGCUGCCUCAAACUCUCAAACGUUUAUUAAAGUGGGCAAGAAGAAGAAAGUUGGAGCCGAGAAGCCAAGAACAGCGUCACCACCCUUGUCACAGGAGCUUGUCCUCCCUCCCCCUUCGGGAGAGAAGGCACCAGACGCUGAGCACUCAGCAGACUUUUCUGCCAGCACGGCUGUGCCAGAGCGAGCGGCAGCCAUUUUGAACGGACACUCAGAGAAACCUUUAGCUACGUGUAACGCUUCCAAAGAGCCCCCUGGCCUUAAGAAGCCCCUAGCGGCUAGCCAGUCCCUGCUGCUUCAGAAAGACUUCCCAGCCCUUGGAGGCUCUGGACCACCUCGGAUGCCUCCGCCCCCAGGCUUUAAUUCUGUGGCACUAAAUAACACCCCCUUGCCGCCUCCAGGGCUGUCAGUGCCCCUUGGUAAGCCGCCCCCUGGCUUCACUCCUAUUCUACCCACCAGUAUCUCUGAAGCUGCCCCCACUCCUGCGAAAGAGCCAAAACCUUAUCAGGGACCCUACUUGAUAUUGGAAAAUUUCCAGCAGCGGAACAUCCAGCUAAUACAGUCAAUCAAGGAAUUUCUACAAGAGGAUGAAUCUCAGUUCAACAAAUUCAAGACAUACUCGGGACAGUUCAGGCAGGGCCUGAUUUCCGCAGUUCAAUAUUACAAAUGCUGCCAGGAGCUCCUGGGCGAGAACUUUGGGAAGAUCUUCAGUGAGCUGCUGGUGCUGCUGCCUGACACAGCCAAGCAGCAGGAACUGCUUGCUGCUCACCAGGACCUGAAGGACCAGCCCGGUGCCACCCCUUCCUCUUCUGGCAAAUCCCGGAAGAACAAAAAGACGGUCUGGCAGAAAGAGCUGCCUUCCGACCUGGACUACUGUGUAUGCGGCACCUGCCAACAGGUGCUGUCGCAGCAGGACCUGGCUUCGCACGAGGCCCUGCACUCGGAGGACGACGAGUUUCCAUCCUUGCAAGCCAUUCGGCGGAACAUCAAGUAGCUGACUGUCCCAGGUGACCAAUAAAAGCAGUCUCCACCUUAAAAUUGCGCUUCUUGGAAAGUGGGCUCUCUGCAGAGAGGGCAGCUGGCUCUGUGGGGGCCGAACAGGGUCUGUGGGGGCUGAGGAUGAGAGGCGUUGCCGGGUGAAGAGAUUGCUGGGUGAGGCUCUUGCAGAAACCUGGCAGGGAUUCAGAGGAAGCUGGACUGGAAGGUUCAGGUGUCUGCCACCACAGUUGAGGAGUUACCUGGUUUCUGAUAACGACACACAUGGAAAUGGGUGGUUGGUUUUGCCAUGGAGACACUUUUAGGCCACUAGACGGGGCUCCAAAGCCAUUGCCAGUGGGAUGCCAUUUGUAUAGGCUGGCAAGGAGAGGAGGGAGUGAGCGUGCUGGGGGAGGGUGCUGGUGGCGUGCGGGCCUCGCUGCCCUCCCCCAUCUCCUGCCUGACCCCUCCCCAACUCUUGGCAGUCCAGUUAGUUCUUUCCAUCGGCCAGAAUGGGCUCUCCCAAAGAAUCGCACCUGGAAUUUGAAGCUAACCUUAAGCCUUUUUCUGCCCAGCCUAUGUUUCUUGAAAAGAAAUCCCAAAUGUUUUCUUGUUACAGCUGCAUGUAGGACAAAAAAUCACUGCUUUAUGUCUCAUUGUAAAUGUACAUUUCUACCCCAGUGGUGCAAAUUCAGCUAUUUCCAGUGUCCUUGAGGAAUGUAUGCUGGCCGAGAUCCACCAGCAGUUGGCUUAUUAAACUCUGCUCCAUGUUGACCAUCCCA